GAUUCAGUAGAGAUCUAUCAGAGUCUCACUUCGAUACACCAUAGCCAUUUGAAGGAUUAUGUCAAUAAGUUGGAUGACACAGACGGCUUUCAGAACGAAUUUAUGUGGAUAUGUGAACAAGAACAAUUGCUCAGCACUGACCAGACGAGCGCAAAAGACCCUCAGAACAAAGAUAAGAAUAGGUACAGCAAUAUAUUGCCUCUAGAACAUAGUCGUGUAAAACUUGAAAAUGCAAAGAACGAUUACAUCAACGCCAAUUAUAUACAUGGAUACAACAAGAAAAACCAAUUCAUCGCUGCCCAAGGACCGCUCGCGAACACCGCAAAUGACUUUUGGGAGAUGGUGUGGGAACAAAAUAGUAUAUCGGUCGUUAUGACCACUAAACUCAUUGAGAAUGGACGGCUCAAAUGUGACCAGUAUUGGCCCAAUGUCGAGAACUCUAAGCAGUACGAUGAUAUCAGGGUGGAAACAAUAGACGAAAUUGACAGCGAUUGCGGGUCGUUCCUUGAAAGGACGAUGACGCUGACUAAAAAAGCUUGCAAACCCAACGCAAAAGAGUCUCCAAAAAGGCCGUGUGCACUACCAUCACCACCUAAGCCAAACUCGAUGCAAAAAGCUGAUACCACGCCACGUGACUGCAAAACGAAAUCACCCUCAAAUACAUCACAAGCAACCUCCCCCAAGGUCAAAGUGUUUCACGAAAAUUCCCUGACCACUUCUCCGACGGUCAAAGCAUUCCGCGAUAGGGCAGUUACUAAGUCUGUGUCCGAAGAGAGCCUGGAGAGAAGUUCCGAUGAGAUGCCGGUAGACGAUGAGCAAGAGGAGACUCGAACGAUAGUGCAGUACUAUUACAAGGCAUGGCCAGAUCAUGGGGUGCCCUCAUCGCCCAAUGGCGUGAUUGAGAUGCUUGGGGCUAUCAAUGAGCGCCAAGAAGCACAAGCAGGUGCUGGACCGAUUGUAGUGCAUUGUAGUGCGGGGGUCGGUAGAACUGGUACCAUGGUGGCUAUUGACACAGCAAUCAAGGCCGUAUUGGACCCAAAGAAUGGCUUCGUUGAUUUUCCGCGGGUUAUAUUGGACCUGCGCAGACAACGGCAGAUGAUGGUGCAGAGUCUGUCGCAGUAUGCCUUCUGUUAUUAUGCGCUUGAUGAGUUUGUAGAGAAAGAUAUGCCGGACAAUGACGAUGGAAGGGAGGACAACUCUGCUUGAGACAUUGUGUAAUUCGUCGUUCAUCCUUUUUGGCUGUGUUGUAAGAAAGCACAUUCGAAGUGUCUUUCGUGGUGUCCGAUUCAAUCACAAACCCUAUCUGGAAAGGUCUACUGUCGCGAUAGAAAAUUGAAUUUAACUAGAGAAAUAUGUUGUACGUACUGUAUAGCAAUCUCGCGUACAUCAGGGUCAACAGUAUGUACUCGGGUGUCCACCAAUGAUCUUAAUAAAAAAGCUUCAUCGGGUAAUUUGUACAGGG